GCCUCCAUUGAGCUCUACAACAAUGGCUUCCGGAGGUGGAAAUACUGGAGUAGAGUGGCAUCAGAGGCCACCAAAUCCUAAAAAUCCUGUUGUCUUCUUCGAUGUCACAAUCGGUAAUAUUCCUGCCGGUAGAAUCAAGAUGGAGCUCUUCGCUGACAUCGCUCCCAAAAGUGCAGAAAAUUUCAGGCAAUUCUGCACAGGUGAAUAUAGAAAAGCUGGUUUACCUAUUGGUUACAAGGGCUGCCAGUUCCAUAGGGUAAUUAAAGACUUCAUGAUUCAAGCUGGUGAUUUUCUGAAGGGUGAUGGAAGCGGGUGUGUAUCUAUAUAUGGAAGUAAAUUUGAAGAUGAAAAUUUUAUUGCCAAGCACACAGGUCCAGGUUUACUGUCAAUGGCCAAUAGUGGGCAAAACACCAAUGGUUGUCAGUUCUUCAUCACGUGUGCGAAGUGUGAUUGGCUCGACAAUAAGCAUGUUGUGUUUGGGAGAGUGAUUGGAGAUGGGCUACUGGUGUUGAGGAAGAUUGAGAAUGUGGGGACUGGACCCAAUAACCGGCCAAAACUAAACUGCACUAUCGCCGAGUGUGGUGAAAUGUGACGAGGAAAAUAACUGCUAGUUAAAAUCUUUUUAAGGGUUUUGUAAACUUGGGAUGAAUAACAUUAUAAAUAGACCAAUGUUUUUAACUUGGUAACUAAUUGUCAUUCUGAUCAAAAUGAGUGUGCAGUAGCCUUAUUUUUCAA